AUGGCUCUCAAACUCAGCCCCCAAAGGUUCUCAGAGGACCUUAGCAUGCAAAAGGUGGCCUCUUGCGAUGACCUCUUCGUCGACGACCUCUUCGACUUUUCACUCCUCGAAAACGAAGAAUCCGACCAAGACAUACAUAAGCACCACUCAAAUUCUGCUUCCCCUCACAACAACAACAACAACUACAAUAUUUACAAUUAUAACCUCUCCUUCAACGACAAUUUCAAUACCGAACUCACACUUCCGUCGCAAUUUUUACAGGCGGAGGAGGUUGCGGACUUGGAAUGGGUGUCUCAUUUCAUUGAAGAUUCUUUUUCCAAAUACUCCCUUUCCUUCCCCGCAACCGUCACACAGAGCCUCCCCGAGAAACCACCGGAACUGGGAGACGCCGGUUUCACUUUUAAGACCCUCGUUCCGGCCAAGCCAAGGAGCAAGCGAACCAGAACCGGUGUUCGAGUUUGGCCACUCAGGUCGCCCUCGUUUUUCACCGACACGUCAUCAAUCUCCAGUCCUUUGCUAAUUUGCGCCGCGGCGUCUAAAAACCGCCACCCGGAAGAUAAAAGGGCAAGGAAACGGGCUGCGCCGGACGGUGGAGCUGCGCGACGUUGCGGCCAUUGCGGCGUGCAGAAAACCCCUCAGUGGCGAACCGGACCGCUGGGGCCUAAGACCUUGUGCAACGCGUGCGGAGUUCGGUAUAAGUCGGGUCGGUUAUUACCCGAAUAUAGACCCGCGUGUAGCCCUACUUUUUCGAGCGAGUUGCAUUCCAACCACCACCGGAAGGUUCUGGAAAUGCGGCAGAAGAAGGAGGCGGGCCCUGAACCGGACACCGGUUCGCCACCGGUUACCGAAAAUCUACCUAAGAGCAAGGUAUUUGAAUUUUGCAGCUUUGUUUGCCAUGUCGGGGGUUUAGAGCAAAGGAGAAUGGAAAAUUUGACUCUCUAA